AUGUUCUUUCACGUAAAGGAAAGUAGAUAUUUUGUUUUCACAAAUCUCGUUCGUCUCGAUGGAAUCGAUCUUGACGAAGAAGAAGGCAAGAAGAUCAAGUGGCCUCUUAUUUGUGGUGAUGUCUCAUAUGGAAUUUCUGAUCUUAAGGAUCUUGUCAUCCUCUCAUUCUAUAACACACUCUUCCCAGAUCAAUACUUAAAUCCUGAUCAAUAUAGCAAUAUUCUAUAUAUGCUACACCUUUUUGCGUUGAUAAAAAAGCGUAACCAUCUUUUUCAUUGUUAG